AGGGGACUCACGUGGACGCGACGCUCUUAAAACCUAUAGCUCCUGACUUUUCCUCAACUUCCAUUUUUUUGGGGUACCACUUCCUCCCUUCUCGCCUUAGUUGGGACUAUUUAACCCACUUUACUGCAAUUCGGCGCAUCCGCAUGCACGUCCUCGACUCCACCUGCCUUGUGCGUUCAGUGCGCUAAAGAAUGAGACGAGGUGACCCGGCGAUCCAUCUGGUACCUGUCCAUGGUGCUGAAACGGCUUCUUGAGUUCUUUUUUUUUUUCUUUUUAGCCCGCUCCAGGCGUGAAAUCGUAAAGAGGGUGUGAUCGAAGAAAUCCAAUUGGACGCCCGAACUGGAUGGACGACGCCAGGGACUACUUAUAGGAUUUCAUAUUAUUAUAUGAUAAGAAGAAAAACACUUUUUUUUCCCGAACGCGAGGACAUUUUCUUGGACCACAUUGAAGAAAAAUAAACUUGUCUCAAUUACCAAAUGGUAGUUUGAGGAGCAACCCCCGUACACCACCCCGGUCAAGACAAUGGAGGGGUCCGCUAACGGCUCCAGUUUCGGCAUCGACUCGCUGCUCUCCCACAGGCCCGGAAGUCCGCUGUCCAAGGGGGACAGCCUGGCCGGAGAGUGCCGCUCUCCCCUGGAGUUCAGCCCGAGAUCCGACGCGGAAAGCGUCUGCUCGUCGCCGCCCUCGCCCAGGAGGGAGUGCGCCGACGAGCUGGCCCCGAGGCAGGGACACGGCGGCGUCGGCCUGCCGCCUCACCUGCAACACGGCCCCGCCGGGAUCUCGGCCGGGUCCCAGCAGAGGACCAUGACCUCGUCCUUCCUUAUCAGAGACAUUUUGGCGGACUGUAAGCCUCUGGCCGCCUGCGCGCCUUACUCCAGUAACGGACAACCCACGCAAGAAGCCGGCAGACUGGUCGCCAAAAUUGCCGACGACUUUAUGGAGAAAAUUCACAGUAACUCGUCGUCGGACAGCGAAUAUAAAGUGAAAGAGGAGGGAGACAGGGAGAUCUCCAGUAGCAGAGACAGCCCCCAAGUCCGGCUCAAGAAGCCCCGAAAGGCUAGGACGGCCUUCACGGACCACCAAUUGGCGCAACUGGAGCGCAGCUUUGAGCGCCAAAAGUACCUGAGCGUCCAGGACCGGAUGGAGCUGGCCGCCUCGCUCAACCUCACAGACACGCAAGUCAAGACUUGGUACCAGAACCGAAGGACCAAAUGGAAGCGUCAGACGGCGGUGGGACUGGAACUCUUGGCCGAGGCUGGCAACUACUCGGCCCUGCAAAGGAUGUUCCCGUCGCCAUACUUCUACCCGCAGAGCCUGGUGUCCAACCUGGACCCGGGGGCGGCGCUCUACCUGUACAGGGGCCCGUCAGCGCCGCCGCCCAGUUUGCAGAGGCCCCUGGUGCCCCGCAUCUUGCUGCACGGCUUGCAGGGAGGCAGCGAGCCGCCGCCUCUGCCCCCUAUGUCCGGUGUGCUCUCCCGGCCGAGCCAGCAGCGGUGAGCCGGACUUCCGGAUAGAACCGGAAUAAAAACGAAAGACACGGGAAACGAAAAAUAUUAUUGAGGGGGGGGGAAAAAAAUCGAACUUUUUUGGUGCGAAUCAGAGACGAACGUACAAGAGGGAACUUUUCACUCCUCCUUUUUGAGGGAUUUUAUUUAUGGCUUAUUUAUAUUUCCGUAUCAAUCAAAGGCUCUAAGUUAUGUAUUUAUUUCGAUUCAUCUGGUAUUUUUAAAUAUGUUCUCGUCGUUCCAUGCUGUUGCGGUUGCUUUUUACCAUAAUGAUUUUGUUAUAUGGCGACGACGCUACAAGUGCAUCUUUUUAACGAUCCAAAAAUUUGCUUUCUUGUAAAUUAUUAUUUUUGACUUGACCUGUAAAAAUCUGUAAAUAAGAAUAUUUUACAUCGGACAGAGGAGACUUUUUUUUCUUUUCUUAAAUCUAUUGUGUCUUUUUCACACCACGGUGAUGCAGUUGAUCAUAUAGGCUAGAUUAGCCCAUCCAAAAAAAUAAUUUACAGGUGUUCCCUUAUAUGGAAAUCAAUAUAUUCCAAAUGUGAUCUUUUAUAGCUGGAGUUUUUGAUUGAUGCAAAAUGCCAAUUCAUUUAAUGACAAUUUUUGCCUAUAUCACACCAGUUAAUAUUUUAUUUGCUCUUGUUUUUUUUUUUUUUUAAAUGAGCCCUUCCAACAAAACCCCCCCUGGUGCACCUGCUGCAGGUUCAAGCAGCCUGUUGAUUGCUUUCGAUGUAUUUGAACAGAGGUUGUGAUUUUUCAAAAAUGAAUUUAUGUUAGUUUAUAUGAAGCUGUAAUAACUGUUCUCCUCUCUUUUGGUGAAAAAAAAAAAGUAACAUUACAGAUGCAAGCUUGUGGAGUGGUUCUCGUUUCUCUUUCGUUCCUCGAGUUCAUUUUUGGUGAAAUUUACAGCAAGCGGCAUAGGAGGGGCGAGUUGAUGUAAACAAAACAAAUACUUUUAUAAAUGUGGAAAUAAAAGUCUUUUGAUUUAA